UGUUAUUUCAUCAGUUCUAAUUGAAACGUAAUUCAACUACACAAAAACCUAAACCCUCCAUAUCCUUCUUCAAAUAGCCUGCGCCAUCUCUUCUUGAUUUCUCUAACGAUGGCUCGAUUUCGUAAAAAUAAGAGGAUUCCCUUUGUCAGACCGAUUGGCAAGAAGUUGCCUUCUUCUGUAGACCAUGUAACCGGAGAUAAAAUUCCCAAGAGUUUCGUGUUUUCUCGCGGCAAAUUGCCCGGUGUUCUUAGACAAUUGCAGACGGAUUUGAGAAAAUUGAUGCUUCCUUACACUGCUUUGAAGCUCAAGGAGAAAAAGCGUAACAAUAUCAAGGACUUCUUGAAUGUUGCUGGGCCGAUGGGUGUUACGCAUUUCCUCAUUCUGUCGAAAACUGAUAGCUCUCCCUACCUGAGGGUAGGUCGGACGCCGCAGGGUCCGACUCUUACCUUCAAGAUUCAUGGAUAUUCACUGGCUGCUGAUGUUAUCAAGGCUCAACUGCGCCCGAGAUGUCAUAAAGAUCUUUUCCAGAAUCCACCAUUGAUUGUGCUAUCUGGUUUUGGGACGGGAGAGCAGCAUCUAAAGCUUACUACCAUAAUGUUUCAGAACAUAUUUCCUGCUAUUGAUAUAAACACUGUCAAACUUGCGUCUUGCCAACGGAUUGUGCUGCUCAGUUACAACAAAGACACAAAGCUUAUUGAUUUCCGGCACUACUCAAUCAGAUUACAGCCUGUUGGAGUGUCUCGAAGAGUAAGAAAAUUCGUGCAGAAUCGGCAGGCGCCUGAUUUGAGUGGGCUUCAGGAUGUCAGUGAAUUCCUAACAAGGCCUGGUUAUGGGUCAGAAAGCGAAGUGGAUGAUGAAGCAGCAACUGUAAGUCUACCAACUGAUCUUGGUAGAUUGAACCGGGCAUCAAACAAGAGUGCCGUCAAGCUUCAAGAGAUUGGGCCUAGGAUGACGCUUCAGCUCGUUAGAAUUGAGGAAGGAUUAUGUUCUGGUGGAAUAAUAUUCAGUGAAUUUGGAGACAAGAUAUCGAGCAAGACCGAGAAAACCGAAAUUGCAGCUGAGCAAUCUGAGGAUGAUGAAGAAGAACAAGACGAUGAAGACGAAGAACAAGAUGAUGAAGACGAAGAACAAGAGGAUGAAGACUAGCUCCUGUUACUAUCUACUCCUUGCUACUUUCCGUCUUGUUAACAGAGAAGGAAUUCAUUGUUUCCUAACGAUUUACAUUCUGUAAUUUUAGUCCAUUUCGGCUAAUUUUGUUGAAGCAUGAGGUGUAUUCCAAGAAAGAACAGGGCUCAGUACUAAAUGUUACUACAAUACAAUUUUUAUCA